AUGAGUCAUCUAGUAUUCCGAAUGAGUCCGGAUGCGUCAACUAGUAUUCCGGAUGAGACAUUUAUUGCUCCGGAUGAGUCAUCUAGUAUUCCGGAUGGGUCAUCUAGUACUCCGGAUUGGACAUCUAGUACUCCGGAUGAGACAUCUAUUACUCAGGAUGCGUCAUCUAGUAUUCCGGAUGAGUCAUCUAUAUACGGUCAAAUUCACGUGUGUGUCCGCGAACUAGUGCUGGAGAAAUUCAACCAAGAAGCAUGGGACAAGAUAAUAGAGAAAAGCGGGUUCGACGAAAAGGUAGAUUUUAUGGUUUUCCACAAGUACCUCGACGAAAAGACAUUUGUCCUCAUAGGAGCCGUGUGUGAGGUAUCUGGUUUGGCGCUGCCAGCAGUACUUGAAGUAUUUGGAGAGUAUUUCCUGACCUACUGCUUACGACACGGAUACGACAAAAUGCUACGCACUCUGGGAAGUGAUUUUGAAUCCUUCAUACAAAACUUGGACUCUCUUCAUGCUCUGCUGGCCAUGAGCUACAAACAGAUGGCAGCACCUUCAUUCAGAUGUGAGACAGAUGAGAAUGGCCAGUUAUGGCUUCACUAUUACACUAUUCGACCAGGACUUUACCCAAUCGUCUUAGGUUUGGUUCGUGCGGUAGCGAGAGAUCUAUAUCAACAACAUGCGAAUAUAGAAAUGUUCAAAAAGUCGACAGAAAAAGUUACAGGCGGGAAACCUCAGGAACAUGUAAUAUUCAAGGUGACCUUAGCCGCCAGCAAACGUACUUCAGUGUUGACGAGGAUGGAAGUGAACCGACGUAAUCCCUGUACUUCCGGUUUAUUACAAAUAAGCCCGGAUCAAUUCUGUAUGGCCCUUCCGUAUCAUAUCGUCUUUGACAAAGACCUACAGAUAAUGCAAUGCGGUACUAUGAUACAGAGAUUCGUGCAGAGCCGUAUUAAACCCGGUAUUAAAAUCAGUUCCAUUUUCGAUAUCAUUCACCCGAUCAUGAACUUUACCAUUGAAAAUAUACGGAUGUUCAUCAAUGCUGUUUUUAUGCUUGAAGUAAGACAGACGGCCAGGGGAAAUUGCAAACUCGUUUUAAAAGGACAAAUGCUCUGGCUGGACGAUGUUUCUCAAAUGAUAUUCCUUUGCUCUCCGCGCCUAACGAGCCUUACUGAACUAGUAGAGAUGAAUGUCUUUAUGUCUGAUAUCCCAAUAUAUGACGUCACAAGAGAACUGGUCCUACUUAACCAGCAACGUAUCGCUGAAAUUGACGUAGCGAAGAAGCUUGACGAAACGACUGCUGAGUUGAAGAAAACCUCGGAGGCGUUGGAGGACGAGAAGAAAAAAACAGAAACUCUUUUAUACCAGAUGCUACCAGAGAAAGUGGCUAUCGAACUGAAAAAUGGCAAGAAGGUGGAAGCAGAGAAGUUUGGCUCCGUGACAGUCCUGUUUAGUGACAUUGUCACAUUUACCAACAUUGCAGCGGCUAGUACACCUCUGCAAAUUGUGAGCAUGCUGAACAACCUUUAUCAACGCUUCGACCAAUGCACCAACAAACAUAAUGUAUACAAGGUUGAAACAAUCGGUGAUGCUUACAUGAUUGUGAGUGGUGUCCCCGAGCAAAACAAAAAUCACGCCCGAGAAGUAGCUCAUUUUUCUAUGGAUAUGAUCCGAGAGGCAUCGAAGGUACACUCACCUGUCAACAACAACCCUCUGCAGAUUCGAGUUGGAAUACAUUCCGGUCCUGUUGUUGCCGGGGUGGUUGGACUCAAAAUGCCAAGGUAUUGCUUGUUCGGGGAUACUGUCAACACAGCGUCACGGAUGGAGAGUCACGGUGUACCUGGAAGAAUACACAUCAGCCCAACGACUCAUGCACUUUUAGAAGGAGACAAUUUCAAGCUUCGUGAUAGAGGUCCUAUCGAAGUCAAAGGCAAAGGAAGUAUGAAUACAUUUUUUCUGCUUGGCAUGGCUGAUAAUCUAGUGAAGGAACCGAUUGAUGACUUUAUAAACCUCCCUAUUUUACAAUCAAAUGUUAAUUUGAUCUCACUACCAGGAGAGGGUGGGCCACAAUCUCAUCAGAAGCAGAUGACGAAAUCAUCUACUUUGAGCCAAACUUCAGCGACUUCUAAGAACCAGAGUUUUACAUGUGUUUUAUCGUGA